CAACCCCCCACACCACUCCCCAGCGCCUCCGCCGUCCAAUCGCCUUCUCGCCGCCACCUGCUCUCUCACCGCGAGCACGCGCGUUCGCCCGGAGCGACGAUGGCCGCCGCAAUGCCGCCGCUCGCCCUCCUCGCGGCGCUGCUGCUGCUGUCGUCCCCCGCCGCGGCGCGCGUGCCCGGCGUGUACACCGGCGGCGACUGGCAGAGCGCGCACGCCACCUUCUACGGCGGCAGCGACGCCUCCGGCACCAUGGGCGGGGCGUGCGGGUACGGGAACCUGUACAGCCAGGGGUACGGGGUGAAUAACGCGGCGCUGAGCACGGCGCUGUUCAACGAGGGGCAGAGCUGCGGCGCGUGCUUCGAGAUCCGGUGCGUGAACCAGCCGGGCUGGGCGUGGUGCCUCCCGGGGAAGCCGUCCAUCGUCGUCACCGCCACCAACUUCUGCCCGCCCAACUACGCGCUCCCCUCCGACGACGGCGGCUGGUGCAACCCUCCCCGCCCCCACUUCGACCUCGCCAUGCCCAUGUUCCUCCACAUGGCCCAGUACCGCGCCGGCAUCGUCCCCGUCUCCUACCGCCGGGUGGCGUGCCGGAAGUCGGGAGGGGUGCGGUUCACGAUAAACGGGUUCAGGUACUUCAACCUGGUGCUGAUCACAAACGUGGCGGGGGCGGGGGACCUGGUGCGGGCCAGCGUGAAGGGGUCCAGCACCGGGUGGAUGCCCAUGUCGCGCAACUGGGGCCAGAACUGGCAGUCCAACGCCAUCCUCGUCGGCCAGACGCUCUCCUUCCGCGUCACCGCUAGCGACCGCCGCACCUCCACCUCCUGGAACGCCGCCCCCAACAACUGGCGCUUCGGACAGACCUUCGAGGGCAAGAACUUCAGGGUCUGAUCCCAUCAUCUUCUUCUCCGGCAACGGCCGCCCGCCCGCCUUACAUAUAUAAACGACUGCUACUACUACUACAUAUACUAGCGACUAGUGAGUGAGUGAGUGAGUAAUUACAAGGUUGGUGUGUUGUUUUUCCCGUCCUUGGUGGUGCGUGGCCUGUGAAUGCAGAUGCAAGGUGCAAGCAGGUUCAUACUUACUACGUACUACUACUAGUACUGGUAGCAAAAGUCUAGUCUUAAUUAGAAGGGUGAAGUGGGGAGAGUGGUGGCUGAAGUGGCUGCAAAGCUGCGGCUGAAAGAUGGGAGCCCGCAGCUGCUGCUUCUCCGGUGUCCUUCCCGUGCCGUGUCAUCUUUGUCUCCAUGGCACGCUGCUGUUACCACUACUCUACUCUACUACGAGUAUUUAUCAAUCAAUCAAUUAAUCAAUCAUGGACCUGAUUUAUAUA